AUGCGCAUCGCCUUGUUCAUCUUUGUGGGACUAAGACUUGGAGUGCGCCCAGUGGAGAACAUCCUUGCGACCUAUCAUGAGCUGGAGAGGGACAUCUCAUAUAAAGCGGCCUCGACCGGGUUGGCUGUUGAUUCUGGCCUCAACGCGAAGCAGGUGUAUGAGUGGCUGGAUUCUGAGCUGGCGGCAGAUGUUGUGGACGAAGAAGUCUCCAACAAUAAAGUGGAAGAGGGAAAUACGGGUGGUCCCUCGUUACGUUAUUCAGGAUGUACAUCGCUUGGCUGGAGUACAAGGUCCCUCUGGGUUUAUCGAAGUCUUCGUGAAGGUUAA